AUGAUGGACGAGGUGCUUAGGGAAGAAGAAGCUGCUGCAUCAAGAAAAAACGGCAGUGAUGAGCCAGUUUUUACAAUUUUCGAGACGGAACAUUACCUUGACCGUCGUCGCUAUAACGCUCCUAGAUCCAAUGAAGAGGCUUUGUUUACGUCGGCGAAGACGGUGACGUUCCCGCUCAUCGCGAAUUUGCCGUACAUCAAUAUGUCAACGCAAUUCAGAAUAUCUCAGACAUUUCCAAUCUUGCCGAUCCCUCUGCUACCCGGUAUUUUUUCCAAGGGGAAAUUCUGGCUGGAGCCCGGGCCUGGCAAGUUUAGUCCGAUUCAUCACGGAGGCCCACUUACGCAAGCUCGUUGGGUUAAGACGGAGCAAAACCGCUUCAACUACAUCCGCACUCAUCAAGCCGACCUUCGAGCGGAUACGUACCAGUCGCUACUCGACUUCAUCUCCACUGACAACGGUAGCAAUGGACCACCGGGCAAGCGAAACCUGCCAGCCCCAUUUAAGGAAGUCAACGCUCUAUGA